UAAUCUCUUUGUACCUUUUUUUCAUGUUUAUAAUAAGAGAAAUACUUAUAUAUUCUCUGAUUCUACCCAAAGAGCCACGCAAGACACAACCAUCAGUUCAGACUUCAGAGUUUAGUUUCACACAAAGUUUGUGAUGACCAAAGUUUCAUAAAAACCCACAAUUCCGCCAUUGUUGGGGUCUGUCACCUUCUUUCGUCGUUAUUUUCUCUGUUUCUCUCUGCUUUUCUCCGUUUCUUCAUCAUCGUUUUUCUCUCUUCAAUUUCGAGUUUUUCGGGUACGAUCAACAACACUUACAUUUAUUACUGUUAGUAGGAACUUGGUCCAUCGAAUUUUGGGUAAUUUUUUUGGUCCAUGUUUGCAUGCAUUGCGUUAAUGUCCUUGUUAAACAUAAUUUCUUACGUAACUGUAAGGUAAAUUUUGUUUUUUUUCCCCUGUUAUUGAAAGAUUGAAGGCUUAAUUUAUGUGGGUAUUGUGCAAUUUAGACUCUUUUUUGUUUAUUAUUGUCAAUGUUUGAAUGUGAUUAAUACUAGAAGUGUUUAAUUAUGUUUGAUUUUGUAGUUUUUGGAAUGUGUGAUUUAUUUGAGUUAUAAAACCCUUUAAGUUUUAGUGGGGGGCUCUUGUUUUGAUGCAAAUUUACAGGAGAUACUGUUGAGUUUAAUACUACUAUGCUAUUUUCUGAAUUAGAUUUUCUUGGGAGGUCCCACUGAAAUUGAAGCUGGUGCUUCCUUUCCUUUAUGGUGUGUGAUCACUUGUCAUGUUGAUCUUUUUGUAAUAUAGAGAAAUUACUUUGGCUGUGUUUGGCAAUGAGAUGUUGAUUGCUGGAUGUUAGAUGGUUCACUUUGGUGUUCAUUUGUAUAAUAAAGGGUUUUGUAAAAUUAGCUCUUAAACUAAAUGUGAGUGUGUUAAUUAAGCAGCAUUUCUAUUUGACCAAUGAGUUGUUUCAGGCAUCUUCUAAUUUUGGGUGAAUGGCUUCAACUAAUUGAAAAGUCACAUACCAAACAUAUAUAUGUUUGUUGUUUGACGAGUUUAACCAAAGCUACAAUCCGAAAGACAAACGAGGAAUUGGCCAAAAACUAAUUGUUAAACAUGGCCAAAUGUCCAUAAAAUUGAGAAAAGGAAGUUUAGGAUUUUCACUCUAAGAUAAAGUUAAAAUUGUCUUCUAAUGACCUAGAGGAUAUAGGAGUUCAUGUUUGUUGGAUGAAGUAAUGAAUACAAGUGUUAGAUCAAAACUAGUGCAAAAAUUGAUGUCCCAUUUUUUUGAAUUCCAAGGAGGGAAUAUUCAAUUAUUCAGGUUAGCUUUAUGUUAGAUAUGUCGAGUUUUCAUGUCUUAGGUACCGCCAAUCUUAUGGUCAAAGAUUUUUCUUUCGUCGUUGGGGUAAGACAUAGAGUUGAUAGCUCUCUUUAAGGAGAUGAAGGAGUUCUUGGAAAGGUUUUAAGCAAAUAUUAACAAGAGAAGUUGGUAUGAGUGUAUUGUGUUUUAACUUAUCUUCGUCAAGGAGCUUGUAAGUUAGUUGGGGAUAUGGUUUUUUUUUUUUUCUUCUCACCUAAUUUUCAAUCAUUUUAGUAAAACAAGUUGGUUUAAUUAAGUUUAGGACUAAUAGGCCCACACAAGUUUGAUUAAGUUAAGUUCAGUGCCAAUGAGCUCUAAUGGGUUGAUAUAAGUUUCAAUAAGUUGAGUCAAGGGAUAAUAACCCCAUAUAAAUGAAAUUCAGAUGAAGUAAAUACACCCAUUGUUAGAUUAUAUUUAUGCUAUUUAGGAUCAUUUUCACUAAUUGAUAAGAUUACUUUGACUUCUAUUUUAAUGAAUUUUAAAAACUGAUGGGGUGAUUUUCUAUUUUUUGGUAAAGUGUCUUUUUUGAGUACUACAGAAUAACUUAUAUAAUAAAAUACUGCAUUUGCCUUAUCUUAAAAUUUUCCAUCUUAGGUUAUGGUAAUAUGUUUCCUUGAUACACAAAUAUAAGCCAUGUGGAAGGACCAAACAACUUCAGAUGUUUGUGUUUAUAUCAUUAAUUGUUAGUGUGUUUGGUUAUGCUUUCUUUUUAGUUAGUUUUUUUUUUUCUCAACAAGGAUUUGUGCUGAAAAGGGAAGGAUUAGUAAGCAUGACUUUCAUUAAAUGAAGUUGAUACUAAUCGUUGAUGUCCAAAUUGGAGAAGACUUAGGUUUUUGAUCUACUUAAGUACCAAGUAUGAAACCUUGCUCUAUGUACAUCCGGAAUUGUGUGCCUACGACCAUCAUCUAAUAUAGGUAGGAUUAAGACUACGAGAGAUAAUGCUACGAGACAAUUUGCGAUUCAUUAGAGAUUGAUAUAGCUCAAGCACCUCUUUUUGAAAAUCUAGAUGUACAUAUUAUAGGAGAACUAGAAUAGUUAAUAAAUGAAAAUGUCAAAUAAAUAUCCCCGUUAUUCAUGAUCUUAAAGGACGCUCUACUACGAGUGCCAUCUAUCUUUUUUAGAUAAAAACCCUAAAUAUCAUUUGUAGUUGCAAAACAAGGUCAAAUUAAGAACGAUUUAUGAAUCUAACAAGCUUGUGGCCUAUUCAAUGUCCAAAGGUCAACUUAGAGCUUCAUAAUAAGUCUAGUUGAGCAAGACUUAAUAUCAAGAUCAACUCACCUCACUAUCACCCCAUGAUGGGACCCAUCACUCAAUUUCCAUGAGAAGUUUAUAUGAUUCUAGUUUUUGUGCAUUUCGUGUUAAAAAGCUAUGAAAGUUCAACAUCUAUUAAAUUUGUGAUGACGAAGGAGGAUUAAGUUAUGUGGGGCAUUUAGUACUUAGUAGACACCUAUAAAGCUUUAUUUGCUUUCUUUUGAAUCCUAAGAGAUCUGGCUUUGAUUCCUUUCCUCUUCGGCAUGCGUUAAGAUGUGAUAUCAAUGUUUUCAAGGCUGCUUGUUUCUUUGACAUCUUGGGAAAGGUUACUCAAACCCUUCAAAUGCUUUAUUUAGCUGCUUUGCCAUCAUUAUGGUUUCCAGGGAAGGACUCUCACAUAUUGAUAUACUCAGAAGGUUAAUUCCUGUUUUCUUGUGCCGUUCCUGCUCUGCACGGGGGAGUGGGGGACUAUAUUUUUCUGUCUUAAGCCUCAACAAAUUGGAAAAAUGGAUACUAAUAUCCCCAUCAGCAGUUUAGUUUUCAUAGUAUUCGUUGACGAGGAGUUGGAUUAAUGAAUUUGUGUUGCUUGUGCUCUUGUUACUUUGUAAAUAUUUGAUGGAUUGACUGAACACCAUAUGGACACCCUGUAAUAUAUCCUUGUAAAUGUAACUCCGAUUACCGUAAUUAAUAUGCUGCAUUGCUUUGUUUUCUGAUAUGUUUUGUCUUGUUUCCUAUAAAAAAAGUUUGGUUCUUCUAGUGGGGCUCAUGUUGGUUACUUGAAACCUAUGAUAUUAGACAGAAAUAUUCCUUAUCUUAGAACAAUGAAUUUAUGAUUUUGAAUAUUGCAUUUUCAUGAGCCAUGUGGCUCGUUUUUUCCUUCUUUUGGAAGUUAUAGGAAUUGCAUUCAUUGCUGAGAUUUUUGCGUAUAUUUAUCUUUUAGAUUGUCCAUUUUAAUAUAAAAUUUCAAUUCCCUGUAUAUUGCUUACAAGCAUAAGCUUGAGACAAGGAGAUGCUUUUAUGUGAGCAUCUUUUUUGAUAGUCUUCCGCCAACCUUUAUGCAGUUCUCCAAUCUCAAUUUCCUUGCAUGCUGUAAAGGAACAUAGACAAACAGUUGUCAUGAUGAUCCUGCAGAUACUAUGAUGUGGCACUUGAUUGAAUGGAAAAACUUGGCUCUGUGUAUUUGGAUUCUGUAACUUUUGCAAUUAUUGAUGUAGAUGGUCUAGCUGAAUACCCUGAAGGAAUAAUUUAACUUCUUUUGUGUGCAUUUGUCUCCAGAAUUCAGCAAAUGUUGUCUUUCUUAGUCUGGUCUUCAAUGAGAUCUUUGUGAAUGCAUAUAUUAUUCCAGUCGAAAAUAAGAUUUUUGUAUGUGAAGAUGUGGUGAGGCAGGGGAGUGAGAGGUACUUAAUGAUGAGGUUACUGGGAUCGUUUUGUGUAUCUUGCAGCGAAGAUGAGUGUUCACUUGUAUAGAUGACUGAGAUUCACCAACCAUGUGAUGUCAACUUGAAACUUCAUAUCGUAGUUUGUUAAGUUCCUGUCUUGACUAAUUGAUGCACCUAAGAUGUUUCUUCUAUGAAACUGAACAAUCAGUUCUUGACCAAUGAUAUGCCAAAUAUUACCUUCUCUUUCAUCUAUUUUUUAAACUUCCACAAUAGUUCUUUUGGCACUUUUGGACCUAUUUGCAAUCGUAGUUUUUGCCAUCUUUCCAUUACAUUUUUGGCAGGGUCUCCUUUCAAUUUUUGUGAAGUAAUCUUUACUUUCAACUUCUUUGGGUUGAGGAGCAAUGUAACCUAUGCAGCAAAGCUGACCCUCUAGUUUAUGGGUUAUGCAUUAUGAUUUUUCAUUCUUUUGAAAUUUUCUCUUCCCAUUCAGACAUUCAGUGUCAUUUUAUCACCUAGACAAUAGAUGAACUUCAUGUGAAGUGUGCCUUUUGGUACGAACUUAAGCUGAAUGUCUAUUCCUCUUCAGUCAAGUGAAAAGGAAACCUGACCCUAUGUAUGGUAUUUUGUGUUUAGCAGAUGCUUUACUGCACAUCUCUAAACAUGAGAUGGUGAGUCAACAUGUAUCCAUAACCUUUUACUAUGCAUCCCUUCCACGGAUGGUAAAGUGAAAAAAGUAUGAUGCUUGUUGACACUUAAUUUUGCGUUUCUAGAAGCAGCUUUAUAGGAUAGGAAGAAACUGUAAUGGAUUUUUUUACCUUCCUGCAAAUGCAGGUUUGAAAUUUGAUGAAUGCUUAGAAGACCAAGGCAAACCUAACCUCUGUUAUACAGUUCAUCUAGCAUUGCAUUUUAAACAUGAAGAAUCCUAAAGUUGAGAAUGCCUUCAACGCAAUGAAGGCCCUUGGGAUAGCCUCUGCAACAGUGAAGCCUGUACUCAAGCAACUUUUAAAGAUGUACGACAAAAAUUGGGAAUUCAUUGAAGCAGAAAACUAUCGUGCUCUUGUAGAUGCUAUAUUCGAGUUCGAGGAAGAAAAGGAAGACAAGAGAGUUGAAGUGAAGAGGAAGGAGCCAGUGAAUUGUGAUGGAUCUGAACCUCCACAUAAAAAGGUGCAUUGGGAUAUAGAAGAGGAUGAGGCAUCAUCAACGGUAGAUAGUAGUGGGAAAUUGAUCUUUAGGAAAGAAGGAGAUAUUCCUCCUCUUUAUUCAAGUGAAAGACCAAAUACUUCAUAUUCGAGUGUAGACAACAAAGAAGUUGAACUUGGAACUUGCUCUGCCAUGCACAAAGAAAAAGGCCAUCUUUCAUCGGUUAUUAUAUCUACUUCUGGGAAAAUUAAAUCUGAAAGAGCUUCAAGUUCAUCAUGCUCUAAAUUCCCCAUCAAUGAAUCUGCCUCUCUUCCGGAGGAUCUAGAAAAGAUUUGUGCAGGAUGUGUGGUACCUAUUAGAGCAAGUACCUCAAAGAUUCAUUCAGAUUUAGUGGAGGGCUCUUCUACAGGACACAUGUGUGCAAAGUUAUCUCAGUGUGUGGAUGAUGAGAAUAUUAAAGAAAGUGCUUCAGCGUGCAAUUUCCAGAGGAGUGAACACAAAUUUGACAUUGUUUCAUUGCCAUCGGGAGAUGUGAAACUCUGCUGUGUUCAUGCACUCGAUAAAGCGACUUCUCAUGUACAAGACAUGGAUGCAGUGUUGAAAUUAGUGGAAGAGGAGUUUCUAAGAUCACAUAAAAUCGUGGGGCCUCCUUUUUCUUUGAAAAGUUUACUAGAAGACAUUUGUAAGAGAUUUUGUGAAUUAGCUAAUGACUGCACAAACCAAUCAUUAGUUAGGAAAACAUCUCCUGAAGAUUUCAGUCAACAUAUCCUUUGUUGCAGUAAAGAAUCUGCAGGAGUACCUGUGGCAAGGAAAAGUCUUGAAGUUCAAAAUGAGAAGGAUCCAGAGACUGAAACCUCACAGGCUUUCGGAAAUAGAGUAAAGCGGCAUCCCCAACUAUAUGUUGAUGAUAUUACGAAAGGGGAAGAGAAUGUGAAGAUCUCAUUAGUAGACGAGCGUAACAACAGGCAACCUCCUAAGUUCUUCUACAUACCAAAAAAUUUAAUUUACCAAAAAGCAAUUGUCAAUAUCUCGUUGGCUCGGAUUUCAGAUGAGGAUUGUUGUCCUAGUUGUUCAGGGGAUUGUCUGUCUUCACCAGUACCUUGUGCAUGUGCACGUGUAACGAAUGGUGAAUUUGCCUACACAAAUGAUGGGCUACUGAAGUCAGAGUUCUUAAAAGCUUGCAUUAAUGAGAAUAAGUAUGUCUAUUGCCAUGAUUGCCCAGUCGAGAGGGCUAAGAAUGAGAGAAAACCUGAAAACUGCAAGGGUCACUCUGUGAAGAAAUUCAUUAAAGAAUGUUGGAGUAAAUGUGGCUGCAGCACGCAAUGUGGAAAUCGAGUAGUGCAACGAGGGAUUUCACGCAACUUGCAGGUUUACUGGACGACUGAAGGUAAAGGAUGGGGCCUCCGGACCCUGGAAGACUUGCCUGAGGGUGCCUUUGUAUGUGAGUAUGUUGGUGAGGUUGUAACAAACACAGAAUUAGAUGAGAGGAAUAAGCAAAGUAGGGGCAAUGAGAGGCAUACGUAUCCAGUUCAGCUCGAUGCAGACUGGGGUUCAGAAAGUAUUUUGGAUGAUGAUUUUGCACUCUGUUUGGAUGCUACAAAUUAUGGCAAUAUUGGACGAUUUGUCAACCACAAAUGUCAUGGUGCCAACUUGAUUGAGAUUCCAGUUGAAGUGGAGACUGCAGAUCACCAUUAUUAUCACCUUGCUUUUUUUACUACACAAGAAGUGAAAGCCUUUGAAGAGCUAACUUGGGAUUAUGGGAUAGACUUUGAAGAUGAGGAUCAUCCCAUCAAAGCAUUUCGAUGUCGUUGUGGGAGUGCAUAUUGCCGUUACAAGAAUCGAAAAGGAUCGAGGUCAAAGCCAAGGGCUUCCAAUUCGAAUAGAUGAUCAGCUAUUCUAUAUGGAAUUUUAAUGCAGAAUUCUCUUAUUAGGAGAUAGAUUUUUCAAUUUAACCUUAUUAUUUUUUUUCAAAUGACCAAUUUUUUAACUUAAGCA